CUAUGGUUAACUUCAAAUCCUUCGUUUCAAUUUCUGCUCACUAUCGGCGCUGCAACCGCUUCUCCCCUUGUAGCUGCCGGCACCAACCUCAAUGGGAACAACGCUGCUGCUGGCUUCUCGGCAACGCCUAUUUCCGCUGCUAUUCCGCGCAGCUCGAACACCCCUGCCCUUGACUCGACUAUUCCACAGGAAAAGAUUGGCCUGGGCUGCCGAUGCAGCCAACCAUGUGAACUUUUCCAACAGGCGGGCUCUGUACCCAAGAACACACAGGCUAAUGACCAAGGCCAAAUGUGGCUCAUCUUCCCUGAGUCUGAGCAGGUCGUGAAGCCCCCUCAGGAGAGCAACAGCCAGGUCCGCCAGACCCUAACCAAGAAUUCUUCGGCUUCUGGCAAGGCACCUGCUGCCACCCCGACUGCCGGAAAGAACGCAAAAUCUGUCUCUGCAAACGGCAAGCAGAAGGGCGUGACUGGUGGUCGUCCUGCUGGAAAGAAUCUCUGCUGCGGAUGCUGUGGAUGCUGUUGCCCAUGCUGCUGCUGCCACUGCUGCCACUGCUGCCCAUGCUGCUGCUGCCACUGCUGCCCAUGCUGCUGCUGCAAGUGCUGCUGCUGCAAGUGCUGCUGUUGCAAGUGCUGCUGCUGCCCGUGCUGCUGCUGCUGCCACGACUGCUGCGGCUGCUGCGGUGGCGGCGGCGGCGGCUACUAAGGUGGAUGGUUGGAACUAGAUUGCCAAACCACAUCACUAUCUAGUUUCACUGAAGAUCUGCAAACCAAUAGUCUUCUCCGACUUUGUUUUUUCUAUUUUAUAGAUUUAAUAUCUUGCCUCAUGAUGUUUAAUCUCUUUCUAAUCGCUGUGCUCGUUAUUCGGACACUAAUGGUUACCUAAUAUAGCCAAUAGCUGAA